AUGGUUACAGGUUUACAAAAAGGGAUUAAUCACGGGAAUAAUAACGAUAACGAUCUUGAUGAAUUGAAAGGCAUACUAAAUCAAGCAACAUUGGGUAAUAAUACCGUGAUAAUAACAAAUGUGAAUGACGCAUGGGCUAAACCACAUUCGACAUUCGAUCUUUUUCUGGAGAGUUUUCGAUCCGGGAAUCAAACGAGAAGAUUUUUGAAACACUUAGUCGUUCUAGCUUGGGACCAAAAGGCAUAUGUGCGUUGCUUAGAGUUACAUUUGCACUGCUAUAUUAUCAAGACCCAUGAUGGAAUGGACUAUUCUAGUGAGGCACAUUUUAUGGCACCAGAUUAUCUGAAUAUUGUGUGGAGAAAGAUUGAUUUUCUGCGCAUGAUUCUUGAACUAGGAUAUAGUUUCGUGUUCACGGACACAGACAUAAUGUGGUUUAGAGAUCCCUUCAUGCAUUUUCAUAAGGAUGUUGAUAUCCAAAUUGCUUGUGAUACAUACAAUGGAAACCCAUUUGACUUGAAAAAUCUACCAAAUAGUGGUUUCAAAUACGUGAAGUCAAACAAGAAAACAAUUGAAUUCUACAAGUUUUGGUACAAUUCAAGGAUGGCUUACCCGGGUUUACAUGAUCAAGAUGUUUUCAAUAUGAUCAAGUUCAAUCAGACCAUCAAAGAUAUCGGUUUAGAAAUUCGAUUCUUGGAUACAGCUUAUUUUGGUGGAUUUUGUGAACCAAGCAAUGAUCUAAACAAGGUGUGCACAAUGCAUGCUAAUUGUUGUUUUGGUUUAAAGAACAUGGUUCAUGAUCUUGGAGUUAUGCUUAGUGAUUGGCAAAAAUAUAUAAAGUUGCUUACAAAUAAAACAACAAUGGACGAGUGUAAAACUUGUUGGACAACUGCUCAACGUUGCAGGUAUAUGUUCUUCCAUCUUUUUGGCUAG